CGCGGGUACACCAUCUCCACAUUCAUCCCUCAACAAUCUGUCCGACUCCGGCCAUCUCUCCGGCAACCACCGUAUCCGCGCGUCCACCCUUCGUAGCGACGAGAAGAUGAGUUCUGCCGGCAGCGGGAGGGGCAAGGGCAAGGCGGUGUCCAAGACCGUCUCGCGGUCUUCCAAGGCCGGCCUCCAGUUCCCCGUCGGCCGCAUCGCCAGGUACCUCAAGAUCGGCAAGUACGCCCAGCGCGUCGGUGCCGGCGCCCCUGUCUACCUCUCCGCCGUCCUCGAGUACCUCGCCGCUGAGGUCCUGGAGCUCGCCGGCAAUGCUGCGCGCGACAACAAGAAGACCCGGAUCGUGCCGCGCCACAUCCAGCUGGCGGUCCGCAACGAUGAGGAGCUGAGCCGGCUUCUGGGCGCGGUCACCAUCGCCGCCGGUGGUGUGCUGCCCAACAUCCACACCACGCUGCUCCCCAAGAAGGUCGGCAAGGGCAAGGGCGACAUCGGCUCCGCGUCCCAGGAGUUCUAGAGCCUCGCAGAUCAAACUAGCAUCAUCACAGAAGAUUUGAGGACUCUGUUCGUGUUCUAGUAUGGCGAUGCUUUAGGUUGUUAGAUUAGUUCUGGGUCAAUGUGUUGGUUGGUGUAUCGAUGAUGAAUCUGGUUGGAAUGGAAUACUAGCAAUCUGGUUCUUGUUA